GGCGUCGAAUGCCUCUGCUUCCCGGGCCGCCGCCGCCACACGCGAUACGGGCGACUUUUGGUGGCUUUAUGAGGCGAAAUGUGAGGAAAAGUCGCCGCGAGUUGUACAAAGUGACCGUGUAUCAGAGAGGUUUGAAGCCUCCCGGAGCCAAAUAAGCGAGCCGUCGCCGCGGAACACGGCCUCAGCCUGAAGCGGGGAGUGUUUCCUCGCUGCCGCGACAACAGUCGUGCCCCAAAACCCCCGUUUUGUGUGGAUUUUUCGGGCAAAAUGCGGGGGAGAAAACACAAAGUGUCGCCACAUUUCAGCAGGGCAGCGGAGCGGCGGUGCGGGUUGACUCUCCACGGUUCUCAUGUGCUUUAUAAGUCCCGCCUCCUGCUCUCAGCUCGGACACCUUCAGACGAACACAGCAGACCGCAGAGAGACGAACAUGGCAGAAGAGGCUCCAGCACCUGCCCCGGCCAAAGCCCCGGCCAAGGCCCCGAAAAAGAAAGCCGCUCCCCGUCCCAAGAAGGAUGGGCCCAGCCUCCCGAAGCUCAUCGUCGGCGCCGUGGCCGAGUCCAAGGAGCGCAAGGGGAUGUCGCUGGCGGCGCUGAAAAAGGUCCUGGCCGCCAAGGGCGUCGAUGUGACGAAGGCCAACAAGCGCAUCAACACGGCCGUCACGAAGAUGGUGACCAAAGGCACCCUGACCCAGAUCAAGGGGACCGGGGCCUCCGGCUCGUUCAAGCUCGCCAAGGAGCCCAAGCCCGCCAAGCCAGCCAAGAAGAUGGUGAAGAAGAAGCCGGCCGCCGUCAAAGCCAAGAAGCCCGCCGCCAAGAAGACCACGGCCGCCAAGAAGCCGGCGGCAAAGAAGCCGGCGCCCAAGAAGUCUCCCAAGAAGGCACCGGCCAAGAAACCUGUCAAAAAGGUGGCGAAGAAGAGCCCCAAGAAGGCCGCCGUCAAGAAGCCCAAGGCUGCCAAGAAGCCCGUGGCCAAGAAAGCCCCGGCAAAGAAGCCCGCAGCCAAGAAGGCCAAGAAGUAAACUCGGCCCUUCGCAACCUGCACUCUGUGCACCAAAGGCUCUUUUAAGAGCCACCACAGCUUCUACCAAAGAGCGCUUCCUACCGCAUCCACCGCCGA